GUUAGAGUAUUGGCAACCCCGCGAAUGUGAGGGUAGUCUGGGGUCCUCCAGGCGGCAACCAAACCAAGUUCAACAACGGCUGGAGCGGAAGUCAGGGUCCGGACCAGGCAUGUCCCAGGUGCCGAGGUGUGAGCAGUGAAGAGUUUCGGGUGAGAUGGGCCGGCGCCGGGCGCCAGAGCUGUACCGGGCCCCGUUCCCAUUGUACGCGCUUCAAGUGGACUCUAGUGCUGGGCUUCUCAUCGCUGCGGGCGGAGGAGGCGCGGCGAAGACCGGCAUAAAGAAUGGCUUGCACUUUCUGCAGCUAGAACAGAUUAAUGGGCGGCUGAGUGCCACCUUGCUACACUCCCACGACACAGAGACACGAGCCACCAUGAAUUUGGCACUGGCUGGUGACAUCCUUGCUGCAGGGCAGGAUGCCCACUGUCAGCUCCUGCGUUUCCAGACCCAUCAGCAGAAGGGCAACAAGAAGACAGAGAAGGCAGGUUCCAAGGACCAGGGGCCUCGACAAAGGAAGGGGGCAGCACCAGCAGAGCAGAAAUCUGGAGCAGAAACCCACCAUGAGGGAAUAGAACUGAGUGUCGAGAAUUUGCGGGCAGUGCAGACAGACUUCAGCACUGAUCCACUGCAGAAAGUUGUAUGCUUCAACCAUGAUAACACCCUGCUUGCUACUGGAGGGACAGAUGGCUACGUUCGUGUCUGGCAGGUACCUAGCCUGAAGAAAAUUCUGGAGUUCAAAGCCCACGAAGGGGAGAUUGAAGACCUGGCUUUGGGGCCUGAUGACAAGCUGGUAACUGUGGGCUGGGACCUUAAGGCCUCCGUGUGGCAGAAGGAUCAGCUGAUGACACAGCUGCACUGGCAAGAGAACGGACGCACCUUUUCUAACACACCUUACCGCUACCAGGCCUGCAGGUUUGGGCAGGUUCCAGACCAGCCUGCUAGGCUGAGACUCUUCACAGUGCAGAUUCCCCACAAGCGCCAGCGCCAGCCUCCACCAUGCUACCUCACAGCCUGGGAUGGUUCCACCUUCUUGCCCCUUCGCACCAAGUCCUGUGGCCAUGAAGUUAUCUCCUGCCUCAGUGUCAGUGAAUCGGGCACCUUCCUAGGCCUGGGCACGGUCACUGGUUCUGUUGCCAUCUACAUAGCUUUCUCUCUCCAGCGCCUCUACUAUGUGAAGGAGGCCCAUGGCAUUGUGGUGACAGAUGUGGCCUUUCUACCCGAGAAGGGUCGUGGUCCAGAACUCCUUGGGUCCCAUGAAACUGCCCUGUUCUCUGUGGCUGUGGACAGUCGUUGCCAGCUGCACCUGCUGCCCUCACGACGGAGUGUUCCUGUGUGGCUGCUGCUGCUGCUAUGUGUCGGGCUUAUUAUUGUGACCAUCAUGCUGCUCCAAAGUGCCUUUCCAGGCUUUCUUUAGCCUCUCUUACCCCUGGAAAUCAGGGACCUGGAUACUGCCACCGUCUAGACAAAUAGACAAAAGUGGAGGCCUGGACCCCCACUGAUCACUCCAUUUGGGUUCACAGCUGAGGUUGCCCCUAAUAAGACUGAUAGGCGCUAUUCACCUUUCCCAAUUCAAGCUUGGCUGUGGCCCUGUGACAGGAUCACAGGCCCUGUGGGUCCCAGGAACCCUGCAUUCAUCAUCUGUGGAUUCACCUAGGACAGUGGUGUCUGGAAACCAGGCCACACUACCUGCCUCCUUCCCUCCGCCUACCAGAGACUCCAGAGUUGAGUUUGUCCUUUCUCCAGAAAUAUGUGAAGAUGCCCAAGAGCCUGAAGCAACUGCUGUCUUUGCAGAAACCAUUAGUUUCUCUUCCUCCUCUCACAGCCUUGUGGUCAGUUGUUCUUCUAAUGGAGCCUGUGGCAUUUGCUGGGGUAAGGAUUGGCCUGGGACUUGGUGGUAGGGAAGGAAGGGGCAAAA